GCCAGUUUGGAUUUUCUCCCUAUUUUUGCAGACAACAGCAGCGGAGGGAAAGCAACAUUUUAGAUCUUUAAUACAUAGCAAUCGUAAAAUAACGGAAAUAUUCACAUUCCCCGUCGUGUAGCAUUGCUGAAUUGGCACUGAAGAUAAAGCAUGUACUGACUUUGUAUUUAUAGAUUGCUGAACAUAAGUGGACUACUGAUAAAGCUACAAUGGAUUGUGAAGAUGAUCUGGACAUUUUGACGGCAAUGAUGGUUGAAAAUGAGGGCUUUGGAGAGGAACAGCAGGUUGCAGAUGACUUGGAUGGCCUUUUUGACAAUGAUGGCGAGGAUGGACAGUAUGCGGAGCCGGAGGAUGAGUUGUUAGAGCUCUUUGGGGAUGUAGGUGAUAUUGAAGAAGAAGAAAGUGCUAAAGAAAGCAAAAGCCAAGCCGCAGAGAGCUUGAACAUGUCCCAAGAGGCAUUACAAGAUGAGUUGAGGAAGAUGCAGGAGAAAAUGCAGGCAUUGCAGAAGCAAUUGGAGGCCAGUCAGAAGCCUAGUCAGAAGCCAUCACCGCCUCAACAGGCUACCCCCAAACGUACCCCAGUAAGGCCAACUGCUGUGACACAGACGACCAAAAAUCAAUCAGUCAUAUCAUCGUCAACUCCAGUCAGUGGCAGAAGCCAGAAGCUGCAGGAGUCCUCUGACUUUCUUUCCCAGCUUAACAAAGCUGACUCCUUCAAAUCCAAGCCCAGAGUGGCUCACCAAGCAAAAAACAAUUUAUCAGAAUCCAUUGGACCACGAGUGGAGAUUAAGAUAGGCAGCUCCUUCCAGCCAGUGGAAAGCACAAGUAAAGCUGCCACUCCUCUGCAGCAGUUGCCUCCAUCCACCCAGAGGAAACCCAGUCCGACUGCAUCCAAGGGGCUGCCUAACCUGGGCUCGCUUGCUAAAGACGUGGCUGUGGAGAAAUACUCAGGGUUGCGGCUCAGGAAGCCACGUGUUUCGUCCAGCGAGAUGGAUCGCAAGAUGGCUGACCGUCGCCUGAUCCGUUUGUCGCAGGUUCCAGAACGCCUUCUGCGUGAGAAGCUGGAGGACAGUGACUGGGUGACUUUUGCGGUGCUGGUCAGCAAAGCUACACCACAAAGCAGCAGCAGUGGUAAAACAUUUAGCAUCUGGAAGUUGAAUGACCUCCAUAACCUGGACGUGUUUGUGUCGCUCUUGCUGUUUGGUGACGUCCAUAAAGAGCACUGGAAAACCGAGACGGGCAGUGUCGUUGGACUCCUCAACCCAAACACAAUGAAGCAAAGAGAUGGAUAUGAUGGGGUCAGCCUGACAGUGGAUCACCCACAGAAGGUGCUGCUGAUGGGUGAAGCUCAAGACUACGGCACAUGCAAAGCCAUGAAGAAGAACGGCGACCCUUGCUCUCAGCUUGUUAACAUGUAUGAGUGCCAGUUCUGCCAGUAUCACGUCAAGGCGCAGUACAAGAAAAUGUGCUCCAAGAGGGCUGAGCUGCAGUCGUCGUUCUCUGGAAAAGCUCCCAACAAGGUGAAAGGCGCCAGCCUGAAGGAACAACUCUGUCGGGAUGGCUUCUACUAUGGCGGCGUGUCCUCAGCUGCCUGUGCAGCAUCGCUAGCUGCAUCCAAAACUAAGAAAUCAGGACAGAAAACUCUGGACAAGCUUUUUGUGAAGGGUUCAGCUCGCCCGGCUAGUCUGGCCAUGCAAUCUGGUAAAGUUUCGGGUUGUUCCAAUGAAUUCAAGACCUUGAUGUCCGUUCCAACACCGGGAGCUCUGCAGCUGAAGAAGCACCUGGCACCAGCUGUCUCCAAGGACCCCCAAGGACUCCCUGUUCAGUCCAUAUCAGCUUCAGACCUUCUAAAACAGCAAAAACAGAAGCAGAGGGAACUCAUGGAGAACCGCCGUCUUCGGCUGGAGGGCCUCCAAGCGAGUGCGGUGCCAAAAUCACGUGACUUUUUACUGACAUCCCCAAAAGCAGCCCCUGGCGUCCCCAAAACCACCCAAAGCCCUGCAACGCCGCAAACCCCCACGCUUGGACGGGGCUUGUCUAAAGGCGAGGAUGUCCUCUUCUUUGACACCAGCCCGCCUCCUGCACCGGCCACCGCCUCCGUCAGCAUCUCAGCCACUAAGAUGGCGGCUCUGAGGAAGCUGAGAGCAAAGGGGAGGGCACUUGAGAAAGAAGACCCCAAUGCUUUGAAGAGGAAGAGGACGGACACCAAUGAGAUCAACACCCGUGUAGAAAAAAGUCUCACCUCACCUGAUGCUGAGUUGUCUGCCAGUGAGGAGCCAGCUCUGAAGCGAAAGCGAGAUCAGCUAAGCUACAUUCAAUCAGAGGAGUUUCAAAAGAUCCUAAAUGCCAAAUCUCUCCAUGGAGCCGUCCUAGAAGCGGCUGAGUACCAGCUGCAGGAACGAUACUUUGAUGCGCUGGUGAAAAAGGAGCAGAUGGAGGACAAAAUGAAGAGCAUCAGAGAGGUUAAGUGUCGUGCCGUUACCUGCAAACAGUGUAAAUACACAUACUUCAAAGCAGCUGAUCGCUGCGUCGGAGAGAACCAUCCUCUCUUCUGGCACGACGCUAUUAAACGUUUCUUCAAGUGUCCGUGCGGACAGAGAGCCAUCGCCCUCGACAGACUGCCACACAAACACUGCAGUAAUUGUGGUCUGUUUAAAUGGGAGCGUGAUGGCAUGCUGAAGGAGAAAAAAGGGCCAAAAAUUGGUGGAGAACUUCUCCUGCCGCGAGGAGAGGAGCAUAGCAAGUUCCUCAACAGUCUUAAAUAGAAUCAAUUUGAAUUUCGUCCACACUGCAGCGUCAUGCUAAUUACCGGAACAAAAAUGUUUUUAGAUUUUAAAUGCAUGGUGAUUUGUUUUUAUUGUGACAUGUAUUACUGCUCAGGAACUAAUCAUGGAACAAAACAUGUAUGAUAUUUGGGAAUUAUUAAACGUCACGCGUCCAAAUGGUUUCUGUUCAUAAUAUUACAUUGCUGAGGUAACAACUUGCGGUAAACCUUUUCAAUUUGAAGACUGCGUUAAUAAGGAAAACACGCCAAGGCCUUUCUAGGAAUGCAGAAGGAAAUACUUGACAAGGACUUUAUGAUUUCACAGCUGUGUGACCUCAGUGGACCUCCGAACUACGGAAUAUUUCAUUAUGGAAGAUGGAAUCCUACACAUUGGGUCUGGUAUUCCAUAAAGUCAUGCCAUAUUUUGGCCAUAACUGUCGUCACCUUCACAGACACUUUUUCUUUCAGAUAUUUGAUUCUCCCCUCUUGUUUGAAGACAAAGAAUCCUUGGUAAUCCACUCCAGGUGUUCACUGCAACCUUGACUCGAUGGCAUUUUUAAGAUAGUCCAGCCACAUCUUGCAGAAAGAUCCACAGGUUUUUUUCCCUUGUUGUUUCCCCCCCUUUCUGCACCUUCUCUGUCUCUUUUUGCCAUUUUUCCCCCACUCUGGA